AUGUCAGGCGUGCAGGCCACUCCUGGCAAGCGCGGCACCAAGCGUACUCUUCCCGCCUCUCCGUCCUCUUUACCACCCACACCGCGGACUGUCCGUCGGAAACGCGACGAUGAUGACGACACUCCCAGGCCACUCGCCAAACGCCGACACGUGGGCCGCUCAAACCUCCCCGAACACCUGCAGACCCUGCUGACGUUGCACCACGCCUUUAAUAUCGCUCUCUCGCUCCACCUCGCACAGCAUCCCCCAGUCCUUCCCCCUCACUCUGCUAGCGCUACCCGCGUCGAGGUGCCGAAUGUGACGACGUUCCUCGCCCUCCGAGAUGUCGUGGAACGCACGGCUGGCCGGCGCUUUGGGAAGGAGGAGCUCGCCCGCCUCGCCUGGCUGUGGACGUGGGACGGCGAGUCUCUCCCCGCUGAGGAUAAGGAGGAUGACAAUCCGUUCCUUGUCAAACCGGCUGUAGAGUCGGUGUGUGGAUUGAGUUACCUCAUCACUGUGACGCGCACAUUGGAUCCUUCCGGUCGUCGCGUACACACGCACGGGGUUGGCCUCGAGCUCGAGCUCCAGGCUGGCGAGACCCGACAGCUCCUCUUCGGCGGAGCAGUGGGUGGCCUUGGCACGCAAGGUCAGGGCGGUGGUAUGCGUCUCAUGGGCCGCUGGAACGCGGGCGCCGACCUGCGCCAGGACGAGGUGCAGCGGCGUCUCGAGCGUUGGGUCGAGCUCAACGGCGGAGAGGUGAAACCGCUCGAGCCUGUGCACCUCCCAACGCCGACAACACGUGACUCGGGCCGCUCGUCCAUCCCACCCAUCCCUCUCCUGCCUCUUCCCAAGCUCCCAGCUGCAUCCUCCGGCAACCUGUUCGCGUCGCCCUCCGGCUCGUCUGACCCAGGUCUGACUACGUCACCCAAGAAGCCAACCCGGCUCUCGGACCCCUUCGAGAUCAAGGAGAAGACGACUACCGGCACCCCGGACCAGCGGAAGAAGGCCCUCUUUGCACGGAUCAAGGCGCGCUCAGCCAAGCCUACACUAAGUGAAUCUCUCGUAGCCGGCUCGAGUGUCCUCCACCGGCCCGGCAGUGACGAUUUAAAACGCCGCGCAACCCUCUCCCGCCUCGAAAGCAUUGCCGAAGGCGUAUGGAUGAUGUUCUCAGCACCACCCCCAGGUUCGGGCAGCGGCACCCCCCGUGCGCGCCGCCGCACCCUCCCCCUCUCGGAAGUGGCUGAGACAAUUGUCCAGAGCUCGAAGAACCCCAUCUCGAUCGCUGAAGCCGAAGCAUCACUCCAUCUCCUCGUCGAACUGUGCCCGUUCUUCCUUGGCUCUAAGCGGGUUGGGCGGCACGACUGGCUCGAACUCAAAGCGGAGGUGCAGGUUUCUCCACUGCAGAUUCCCCAGGGGGGACCGGCGAGUCCGGGGCGUGUGCGUCGGACUGGGGGCUUGCGGGAGGUGCGGGAGCGGAUUCGGCGCGAGCUGGGCGAGGCAUAA